GCACAGCCUUAGCCUGGAGGAUAUGCUGCGGUUUCGAUACAAGCAGAGAUUCCCCCCCGACCGGCGAGGCGCGUGUCGGUCGCAUCCAGAACUGUUGAUCCCAGAACCGUUGAUUCCUCCUCUGCCAGCCAAGAGAGCGUUGGUCUGCAGGCCAUGUACUGCUAGCGGACCCCCUUGCCCGCGUCGGUCUCAUGUCGCCCCCUACGCUUGACUCCGAGGUUCGUACGGGCAGCUGCGAAAUCCUGGAAUAAUCUGCUGAAUGCAUCCCACAUCGGCGCAGACGUCGCCUGGCCCGGCAGCCGCCAGGUCGCCGCGGGAGCUGGGCAAGAACACCUCGCGGAGACCCCACCGGAAGUCCAGGCUGGGCUGCAACAACUGCAAGAAGCGCAGGGUCAAGUGUGACGAGCUGCAGCCCACGUGCUCGUACUGCCGCACAAGGAGCCUGCCUUGUCAGUAUCCCCCAAAGCCCAAGUCGCCGGCCGAGGAUGCCCAUGCGCAGCUGUCGUCUGGGGGAAACUCGAGGGCCGGGAGCGUCGCCGGCACGCCCGGCACGUCGGCGGCGCCCGAGGCCUAUGCGGCGUACCCUCCCGCGGUCUCCUCCCAGGCGCUGGGCGCGCCGCACGUUGCGACCCCCGCGGCGCCGGCCUACGGCUACGGUGGCGUGCUGUCGUCGUCGAGCAUGCCCAACGUGGACGACCUCGAGCUACUGUUCAACUUCACCAACUCGACGGUGAACUGCAUCUCACCCUACAACUUCAUAGUGACCUUUUGGCGCGAGGAGCUGCCCAAGCUGGCCUUCGACUGGCCGUUCCUGCUGCACGGCAUGUUUGCGCUCUCGAGCAUGCAGCUGGCGCGCUUCCGGCGCGAGGGCAGCCGGCGCAGCAGCGAGUUCUACGCCAGCCAGGCCACGUACCACUGGCACCAGAGCCUCCGCAUGGCCGGGGCGCUGCUCCCGCAGAUCAACGAGGAGAAUUGCCACGCGCUCUACGUCUUCGCCAUCAUCUCGUUAUACUUCUCCCUCGCCUCGGGCCCGCGCCCGGGCAACUUCCUCAUGUUCGGCACCGGCUGCAACGGCACCGGCGGCACGGCCGACGGCACCCCGGACUGGUGCCUGCUGCUCCGCGGCGUGGGCCCCAUCAGCGAGGCGUUUUGGGUCAACAUCCGGCGCGGGCCCGUCUCGCCGCUGACCACCAACGUCAUGGGAAACCUAGAGCGGUUCGCGUUGGUGGAUCUACGGGAAGUCGAGGCCGAGCCCUUCCGGAACCUCCGGACCUACAUCGCCGACACCGAGGCCGAACAACCCGAGCUGCCCGCCUACAUUGACGCCCUCAACAUCGUCUCGCAGUGCUUCUCGGUUAUCUACGACGAGCAGGGCGUCCCUAUCAAGGACGCGGGCGAGCUAGUCAUGUACUCCAUGUUCUCGCUGACCGAGGCAACACCUUAUAUCAGGCUCCUCCAGAGCCGCGCGCCGUCCGCCCUCAUAGUCUUUGCGCACUUUGUCGCCCUGUUCAAAGAGAUCAACUUUGGCUGGAUUUCGCACGGGUGGGCGCCGCACCUCAUGGAGGGGGUCUACGCCGCCCUGACUUCCAAGCAUAGGAUCCAUAUCUCGUGGCCCAUGAAGAGCCUCGGCUGGAUCCCGCCAGAGUGAGCGCGAAUCACGAGGAGAAUGAGUUUGGGAGGAGUCGAAUACCAAUCAUCUUGGGUAGCCCGCUGUAGCGGGCGUUUUAUUGAGCACGGUUAUGAGCCACCCACCCUCUAGCAUUUCCAGCCCCAAGCCAACGCUAAACCUUGGCGCGUCACAGCGUGGCAGCAGCCAGUCUCCCCUCAGGCGUCGAUCUCGUCGUCAUCUCCGUGGAAGAACCUCAAUAUGGCGGCGGCGACAAGAUCUCCGUCGUGCUCGAGGUGAGCCGUCUCGGCGGCUCGGUGGACGUGUUCCGGGUCCUCGAUGGCGCCCUGCUUGACGCGCAUCUCCAUCUCGCGUUUGACCAUGCGCUCGUCGAAUGCCAGGUGGGCCUGCGUGGUGAAGACGCGCCUGGGGAUGUAGGUGCCCUGCACCUUUGUGUGUCUGCUGCUGCCCCAGACGGAGACGCGGGCGCGCGCUUCCAGCAGGCCCCCGGAGGCGGCCGGGUCGGGGGCCUCGACCACCUGGUCCUGGUGCAUCUGGUGCAGGUGCACAAAGGGCUGGUUCGUCUGGAAGAGCCGCUGGCCCGUGGCGGUUAGGUUGAUGCGGCAGUGGCCGAGCUCCCAGUCCUGCGACGGGGCCGGGGCGACGGUCGAGCCCAGGAUGCGGUUGAGGAUCUGGUGGCCGAAGCAAACGCCCGAGAAGCGCAUGUCGGGACGCCGGCGCCAAACAUCUUGGCGGUCGAGUUAGCUGGUGGGGAGAUUUGUCUACAGAACAGAACAGAACAGAACAGAACAG